UCUACGCCGGGUAGCUUCGCGUAGUCGGACACAUUUCCCCGACACACGGUCGAAGACGCAGCGUUUGAAAUGGCUGUUACUCUGCACACGGACCUGGGAGAAGUGAAGAUCGAGCUGUUCUGUGAGCGAACACCGAGAGCUUGUGAGAACUUCCUUGCUUUGUGCGCCGGUGGCUUCUACAGGGGUUGCGUCUUUCACAGAAAUAUCAAAGGCUUCAUGGUUCAGACUGGAGAUCCCACAGGAACGGGUAAAGGAGGAACAAGUAUAUGGGGUCGCAAAUUUGAAGACGAGUACAGUGAGCACUUAAAGCAUAAUGUGAGAGGGGUGGUCUCGAUGGCGAAUAAUGGCCCCAACACGAAUGGAUCCCAGUUUUUCUUCACAUACGCCAAACAGCCACAUCUGGACAUGAAGUACACGGUCUUUGGAAAGAUUAUCGACGGCCUGGAGACGCUGGACGAGCUGGAGAAACUGCCCGUCAAUGAAAAGACGUUUCGACCGCUGACUGAAACGCGGAUAAAGGAUGUGACCAUUCACGCCAACCCCUUCGCUGGAUAACCAACCUGGACUUCAACACACUGACUGGCUUUGAACAGAUCAUGAACUCACAUAUUUUACAAUAAACAAAGUGUUGCAGUGUCUUAACCUGUUCAUUUCCAUGUUUUCACAAACAUUUACACCAUAGAAAGAAGUCUAUAUGACACUGCUGUUUCUUUUAAUUGUAAAUUUGUUUACAAAUAAAGCUUUUGUACUUACUUGUUUA